UUCGCGAGUACGCCGGGCAGUAGUCGGCGCGCGCGCAUCUCGCCGGACGUCACACUCCGGUUCCGUUUCCGUUACAAAAAACGAGUGAAAUUACGCACUUCCACCUAUUUGGAUUAUGUGAAAUUGUUUGUCAUUACUGAUGGACCAAAAAGAAUUAAGUGAGUGAUAGAAUUCUUUUUUCAAAAGUAAAGAACAAAUCUAAUUAAUACAAACUAUUUAGCACAGAUAAAAAAUGUUUUGAAGAUGUAAAUAAAUGUGCAUUUGUUUUUAAUCUUGGUUUGCCGGUUUUUUAAGUGAAAUAAUAUUAAACAAGUGAGAAAUAAAUAUUUUGUGAGUUAUUUAUGAAGUGAACAAUUUAUACUAUGGUGCUAAUAAACAUGUUUAGACUAAUAUGGAUUUUCUGUUUGUGCAUCACAAAUGCGGUUGCAUCUCCUUACAUAAAUGAGACUUUAGUACCAAGGAAUAUUAUAAGUACUCCAUGCACCGACAAGAACCACCUGUUCCUCGUCCCGGGAGUGCUCACAGCGGGCGGGACCAACAGGGCCUGUAUAUCCAGGUUCUAUCCCGAGGGAGUGGCGCAUCUGCUGCUCAUACUGGAGACUGAAGAUCGGCAGGUCGUCACCGCCUCUAGAGAGUUACCUGCAGGUGAUGGCGGCUGUUUGGACAUGUCUGUACCGCUUCUGCCGAACACAAAGGCGGAAUUAACUGUUAGUUUAAGAUACCCAGAAGCGCAAUGCUCAUGGGAGCGACGUCUGACCGUCCGUAUAUCGAGCGGACGCGUGGUACUGGUGCAGACGGAGAGGGCGCGGUACCGGCCCGGAGACACGCUGAGGGUCAGGGUACUCGCAUUUAAGGCGGAUCUGACACCCUCGCAUGGAAUCAUCGAUGAGGUGUGGGUGGAAGGCGCUCGCGGCGCAUGGGAUGGUACUCGCGUGACGCAGUGGUCGCGGGUUCACACCCGGCAGGGUAUCGCACAACUGCAGUACGACUUGGAUGAACUAGCUCCGCCAGGACGGUGGACAGUGAGAGCCAGUUUGGCUGAUGGAUCGCAGGGUUCUGCCACGUUCUGGGUGGGUAACUACGACCUGCCACCGUUCCAGCUGAGCGUGCGACACGCGCCGCGCGUGUUGCGGACCAGCGAGAGACUUGUGUGGACUGUCUGUGUCAGAUACCCGUGGGCAGAAGCAGUGGAAGGUAUGCUAGUAAUCCGGCUCCGCGGCGCCGGCUCGCCCGACUCCUCCGGCAUCAGGACCGUGACGAAGUUGCGCGGGCCGCAAGCGUGUCACCGCCACGCUGCAGCUGCACGCCGCGUCGGGCUGCUUGGAGUCAACCCGCCUGAUGUCAUCAUCGCUGACUUCUCCUUUCAGGAGGAUGGUACGAGGAUCUGGCAGAAUACGACGGUAGUGUCACGGGUUGUGGACAAACCCGUUACUCUGGAAUUUCUCACCAAGCAUCGAGCUGUCGUAUCCCCAGGAUUGCCUCACAAAUUAAAGGUAAAAGCAACACGCUGGGACGACAAGCCAGCGUCCUCGCAGAAGAUCGUGGUGUGCCGGCACCGCGCCGAGCCUGCCACCCCGCGCGCUGCCGUCACCUGCGCCACCGCCGACACCGACGAUAGCGGCGUCGCUAAGGUCAUGUUCCCGCCAGGGGAUGACGACGCCACACUUUAUAGGUUUGAGGCCAGCCUGUCCAACGACACGUCGACGACGGCUACCGCUCUGACGCUGCCGGUGCAGCGCGCGGCCGGUGCGCACGCGGCGCUCGGCCCGCUGAAGGCGGACUCCCGCGCCGCCAGGACCAUCGUGCCGCUGUACCUGCACAUGCCCAACGUCACCACUGCUGUCACUGUGCAUUUUGUGGUAAUAACACGAGGUGGCAUCAUUUACCGCUGGGGAGCGACAACCCAAUGCCCUAUAACCACUUCAGCCACCGAAGCCCAAACAGCUUCCAGGAACAGCAAAUGUUUGACAAACAUAGCCAACGAUCGCUACGUGGUCUCCACGCCGCAAAAUGAUAGCGAUUCCUUGUUGGACAGACAUUUGCCGAGGGUCAUGCUCCCGAUCAAAGUGACGCAUCAGAUGUGCCCCGACAGCCACAUGGUUGCAUAUUUCUAUUAUAACGGACAGUUGGUUAGCGCCAGCAAGCAUUUUGAGAUGGAAGAGUGCUUUGCGAAUAAGGUGGAAGCAGCCUGGCUCUCUCGCCAAGUUCUUCCAGGAUCCAUAGCUUCCCUCCGAGUAAAGACUUCCGGACCAGCUCUAUGUGCCCUGACUGUCCUGGAUACCGCUAGCAAAUGGGUCCAACCGCUCCCGAACAUCAAGGAAGAAGUGAUGCGAAGUCUUAAAAGGCUUAUAGAUAGCCACAGAAACCUCACUGGGUAUGAUGCAGCUGGGGAUUGUUUUUUGACCAUGGAUGCUCUGGAGCUGCCGACCAACAGUCGCGAGCUGAUGACCACAUGGCUGGCAACUGCUGGAGUCAGGGUUCUGGGAGGCGAGGUACCUACCACCAGGCAUUGUGUCCCGGCGCCGCUGCCGCUCAUAGAUGAUAGCAACAUGCUCAGGACUGACUUCUCUGAGGCUUGGCUAUGGCGUCUUCUAGCUGUUGAUGGGAAUAAGACAGCUAUUGCUAACACUCGUACUCCUGAUUCUAUCACGAGGUUCGAAGCCGGGGUAUUGUGUGUGUCCAGGAACGGCAUAGGGGUGGCGCCGCCAGCAGUUUUACAAGUGUUCCGAGAGUUCUUCAUCCACGCCGACAGCCCGCGGAGACUGCGGCGAGGUGACUCCGCCAUCGUUCGCUUCAGACUCUUCAACUACCUCUACGAACCCCUUAAUGUUCAAAUCCUCGUUUUAACUGACAAGCACAUCGAAGGUCCAGCGCAAAGGGUGGAGACGGUGUGCAUACCAGCUCGUACGGCUAUAGCCCGCCGGACUGAGAUCUGGGCCAGGCUGGCGGGUCAGGGUGCUCUCAACCUCCGAGCCGUGGUGGCUCAUGACGGACUGUGCGGCAAAGGGACUGCUAGAAACGUCAGUGACGAAGUAGCCAUUCCGAUCAUAAUCGACCCCGAAGGCGUGCCGGUCAAGGAGCACAAAUCUGUACUCCUGUGCGGAACUGGUGAUAAAGACUUCAGGAAGUCUGAAGUGUCAUGGACGUGGCCCACAGUCCCCACUGUUCCCGGCACUGAGUCGUUGACUAUUUGGACUUCGAGUGACGCCGCGGGGCCGCUGUAUGCUGAUGCGGAUUCGUUAGUGCUGCUCCCACGAGGCUGCGGAGAGCAGAACAUGGCGCGACUCGCCACCAACCUCCUCGCACUGACCCAGCUGGACCCGAGAUCUGCUGCCGCCACCACCGCCAGGGAACAUGUCGCUAGAGGAUUCACCCGCCAGCUUCAGUACCUCCACCCAGGAGGAGGAUUCAGCGCGUUCGGGCCCUCUGACCAGACGCCGUCCACUUGGCUCACAGCCUUCGUCGUCAGAUACCUGCGGAGAGCACACCAGGCAUUAUGGCCUUCUCUACCCGCUCCACCGGCGGUAGAUCGAGCUGAGAGGUGGCUCAUCAGCCAGCAAAUGGAGAACGGAUGCUUUAGGAACGAGGGUCAUGUUUUCCACAGGGAGCUCAAGGGUGGUUUGAAUGAAGAUGGUGAAAUAGCAAGCGUAGCCCUUACUGCCUACGUCAUCACUUCUUUGGUCGAGAGUGCCUCUCCCCUGCCCUACAGUGUCAUCAGAAAUUCCCUCGCCUGCCUCCGAGCACUCCCACCCAUGAAAACUAAAAAUCCAAACAGGGUGUAUGCUCAUGCCUUAUUGGCUUAUGCCUUUAUGAGGCUUAAGAGGUACGAGGAAGAAUUGAGGAAGACAAAUGAGGCAAGUUUUAUGUGGGAGAUGCGGAGAUCGGUUGGAGGAGGACUGCGGAAAGAUGAGGAAUUAAAGGAGGUUAUGGAACUGAUGAACAUGGCCAAAAGGAAUGAGGAUUACGUGUGGUGGGAGACGAGCAGUCUGUCGACGACGAUCGAGGCGACGAGCUACGCGCUGCUGUCCCUGGCGCAGGAGGCGCUCGUGCCGCGCGCGCCCGCCGCGGCCGCGCUGCGCUGGCUCGCCGCGCACCGCGCCGACACCGGCGGCUUCCUCACCACGCAGGACACUCUCGUAGCCCUAGAAGCUAUUACAGCCUGGUCACCUAGCCAGCCCAGAGCCAACCUGACUGUAACAGCGUACAGUUAUGGAAUUACCAGGAGCGCACGACUGAUAGACGGGGCGAAGGUCCCCGAGCUGCUGAAGAUGGGCACUGGAGACAAGCUGCAUGUUGCUGUCGAAGGCACAGGAUGCGCGCUGAUGCAAGCUACACGCUCGUACCACUCGCUGUGGUCAGCGCCGGCGGAGGGCAAGUCGUUGCUGGUGCAAGUGACUGUCACCACCGACGGCACAUUCGACUGCGACGCCAGCGGUGUCUACUGCGCCUGUGCUGCCGUUAUUGAGACAUGCGUGGUGUGGAACAGCGCGUUCCCCGAGAUGGCGCUGCUGGAGGUGACGUUACCGGGAGACUUCGCACCAGACGCCGCGCUGCUGUACGCACAACUACACAAGCGAGACACGCUGCUCCGCCGCAUCGAGUUAACUCCAGCGAACUCUAGCAAGAUGACGUUGUACUUGGGCGCGAAGGGCGGAGCCGCACCGCCCGACGCAGGGCACCAGUGCUACUCAGUGCACGCAGUGGGCUCCCGCGCCAGAACCAAACCUGGAUACGUCAGGCUCCACGACUACUACCGACCCGCUGUGAAUGAUACCCAGGCUUACACAAUACCAGAAGAUUGUCCAACAAAAAUAUCGCACGAAACCAACGAAUAUACGGCAUCAGACAACCUCUUCACCAAGGCAAAGUCCCCCUCCGACAGCAGCGAAAUCCUCAUAUCCCAGGAGAUCCCCUACGAGGACACACCAGGAUGGGUUCCUCUAGAGGAUCCUUUAUACGAAAACCUCACUUUGAGAAGGAAAGGUGAUAAUAACAAAGAUUUUAUCAAAACUGUUAAAUCUAAUGCUAGUAAUAGUACGGUAAAAGAUAUAAAGGAAGAUAAAAUAGAAGUUAAGAGAGAUGGGAAAUACGUUGAUAGUGAAAAGAGAGAUUCUAAAGAUAAAUUAGGUAACGAUAAAAUUAUCAAAACUAAUGAAUAUACUGAUUCAGUUAAAUCCGUAGCAGUGAGUGAUACGGUUGAUAUGAACUUAAAAUCAGUAGUAAAUAAAUUGAAAACCAAUCAGAAUGAUAACGAAAAAGAAAUAUUAUCCAGAACAAAAGACAGUAAAAACAAGCUAGAUUUACAAAUACAAGAAUCUAAGAAAAAAGAACACAGCAUAACAACCAGAGACGAACAUAAAGAUCAAAAUGGGUCUAUAGAUAACCCUAAUUUAACAGAUUUUCACGUCAUAGAUUCAGAGAAAGAUCUAGAAGUUCCUUCUGGGAUCGAAGGACCUAUACCAGCAGUAGUGCUACCACCACAGAAUUUUGUGCCACCAAAAACGCAACCACAAAAUGUAAGGUCUAUGGAAUUUCAACCACAUUUUUUACCUGAAACGCAACCACAUAGUUUUAUGUCAACAGAAUUAAAACCGCCGCCUUUAAGGUUUCCAAAUAUGCAACCACAAAGACCAGAUCCCAGAAUGUACCAUGGUUACUACCCAGGAAUGUACUACUUGCCCUUGAAUUACGAUAAUUACAGAAGAUAUAUUACACCAACGGGUUAAUUUCGGGAUUAUGCGCCUUGUAAGGUAAGAAUUUUGGUCUCAAAGGAGAUGGUUGUAGUAACUUAAUCUAUGAAGACUGAGAAAAACUGCAAUAUUUUUUUUAAUGAAAUACUAUUUACUAUGUUUCUAUCAUUCGUCAAGUAAACUCAUAACUAUAGUAAAAACGCGUGUGAAAAUAGCUCGAAUAAAAAAAACACGCAUAACAGCAUAUAAAGUGAAUGCACAGUACCUAGUCUUCAUUUGUUCUUCCAUUAGAAACGGUUGACAAGAUGUCGAUGCAGGUUUCAUAGCUAAGUGAAUUUCCAGUAAACGUAGGCUGUAAAAAUUAUAAACAUAGUAAGUUAAUAUUAUCCUUUGCUGUACUUAUAUUCGCUGUAUGACGCAGACGACCGAUUUUUGUCGGUCACCGAUUGUCGUCAGCUCACAGCCGGUUUUAGUCGCUAGGUAUUCGUGUCAGAUUUCACGCCGGAUUGUUUACAGCGUUGUGUCAAUAUACCUACUUAUAUUAUGUACUAUUCUUUCCUGGAAUAACGGUUAUGAAUUUACGAUAUUCAAACUAGUUUAGACUUUUGUAGAGUCUAUUUAAAUUAUAUUUUUUUACACAUAUUUAAUAUGUUUAUAUACUAGUUGGCAGAAUGGGUUAUUAACCUUUUAUUAUUAUAGAAAUGUUAAACAAGUCUUGUAAAAACUUAAAGGAACUGAAAAAUCAGAAACCAUAGUUUUUAACAAAAUAUAGUUUUACGUUUUUAAUUAAAAAGUAAAAUGCUUGAUCAUGUUGUAAAGCAAGCCCAGAAAAAAAAAUAGGGUAAAUACUUUUAAUAUAUUUUGGCACACAUGUCAAAGAACCUUUUUUAACAACCUCGUAAUGCAUUUAUGACAGACAAUUGACACCAUAUUGCAUUGUGUUCAAAAUGGCCGCCAUUGUAUGCAAAAUGUUGUCGAUCACCGCUGUCGGAAUAAUAAUUUAUCGCUAGAAUAUAAGUAAAUUAUGAUAUCUAUAUGAUACGAAUAAAAUAUUUGUGAUUUUAA